GUCCCCACCUUCGACUUCUUCCCCUCCCCCGCCAUGAAUCGCCUUGGCCGUCGCGAGCGUCGCCUAUGUAUCGCCAGCUUCAUUGAUUCCAGCGAGGAGCACUUUGUUUUCAUUGUUCACCUCACUUAGCAACACACACAUCCCAGCUUGACGGUCCCUACAUCAAGACUCGCCAAAACGACGAGCACGAACUCCACAUAUACAUAUCUGAUAUACUAUACAACCACAUAUAAUUUUCCAAGGUCGCAAAGUCGCAAAUACCGCCACAAUGUUCAAGAAGGACAUCACCCCCUCGCCCAAACAAAAGCUCAAAUCCUCGAUCCAGCGCAACUUGCGCCAGUCGCUGCUGACCACCUACCCGCUCCUGACCCCUCACAUCGACGACAUCAUCCCCAAGAAGGCCUCGCUCGAGCAGAUCAAGCUUCCCGACCGCGUGUCGCUGUACGUCAUUGAUGGAACCACCCCGCUCUUCUUCCAGGCCGACACGCCCUCGCAACAAAACACCAUUGUGCCCCACCUCAAGCUCGUCCACCGCUUCCCGCAAUGCUUCCCCACCAUCAGGAUAGAUCGCGGCGCCAUCCGCUUCGUUUUGAGUGGCGCCACCCUGAUGGCCCCCGGCCUGACGAGCAAGGGCGGCCGCCUGCCGCAGCCGCAUGAGAGGCCGCCGAGGGAGAAGAGCGCUGCCGAGGCCGAGAACGACGAGAUCGAGGUGCCCAAUGAGGGCGCUGAUGAGGAAGGACACUGGAGUCGUGAGCUGGAGAAGGGCGAACCUGUUGUCGUCCUGGCUGAGGGCAAGGAGGAGGCUUGCGCCGUUGGAGUGCUGGUUGCGGGGACCAAGGAGAUCAAGGAGAAGGGCAAGGGCCCGGUGAUCGAGGAGGCGCAUUUCCUUGGUGACGGUCUCUGGAGGAUGGCGCUGGAUUAAAUAAUACAUGGAGGAUGUUUGCGAAGGAAAACAGAAAAAAGUGUCGAAUGUGUGGAGGAAGGGGGUUUCCCACCACCUACAAAGCGUUUUUGGAGCCGGGCAUAAGAAGCAGCAUGGUUUUGAGUUAAACAGUGGACAUAUGAUCAGGUUAAGGGUUUAUCUUUUCUCCCUGGUUUAUGUGUUUUCCGCUCCGUUUCCUUUCUGAUCUGUUUUGCUGUUCGUGUGUUAAGUGGAUUUCAAGGCCACGGUGGUGGUGUUUGCUACACUUCGGGGAGCUGAUCAAUCAUCAACAAUCGAUACCGUUACUGAGGUCAGGAAAGAGCAAGCGCUUUGUCUUGACUUGACUAAAGCACCUCGGCUGUAUACCAGUUUUUCUUUGUCUUGUGUUUCUUAGCAGUCCCCCGAUGUUCCCACCUUAUCCUCCCGAGUUUUGUAAUCCUUAACUUGUCUCCCUCUUAUUGAAAUUAUCUCCAUAGCAUUGCAUGGAGGAUGUCAGUUCCAGUCUCACGAUUUUAAGCGCACUACAUGCUUACUUUUUAGUUUUUAUCUCGACGGAACGACAACCCCCAGCGAUGACAGCACGUUAAACUCCAAC